AAUACCAUAAAAAACGCGAUCGAUUAUCUACAUGUAUUAUUUGCAUGCACAUUAUCAAAGCCACCGCAUGCUAGCACUGCCAUCGCAACCUAAUCCCUCACAACAGUUUGAUUGCCCAAGUUUCUAGAGCCAUCUUAUAAACCUACAACAUAAUUAACUUACAACUAAUAUCCAACUAACCAAGACUACUCUUGAAACUUUACACUCCCAAAGGUCAAUCGUACUUCACCCAAAAGAAAUGAUAAGGUCAUUGUUUCAGCAGCACUUAUUUACUUCUGUUGUAGUCAUGUUUGUACCUAAUCCUACCAGCUACGCCAAAAUCGAACGGACCCUCACUACGGACUUUUGUGGUGAUGUUUCCCCACAAUCUACAUCCAACUACUAGAAACAACACUACAGAGUUCAACUUUGGCUUUGACUUUUAUUAAGUUGGUUUGUUUACAAAAAAGUAAGGCUACCGGAACGUUCGUAGGAAAAAUCUACACACGUCAAAACGUCUACGACUGUGGAACCUUUGUCACAAACUCGGUACUCAAACGAAAUUCAUUUGAUUUUAGAUAUAAUUCGGAACAGUACUUACGGCACGUGUUUAAAAAUUUAAUUGUUUAGAACAUUUUAAGCUUUACUAUUGAAAGAAAUCACAUAUUUAUCAGUUUUUAGAAGUACUUGCAUCACACAGGUGUAGCAAGUUCUAAAUUAUUGAAAAACGAACGUCAUGACAUUGACAUUUGUCACACGUGUACAGAAAUUCAAUUAUUUUAACCAUUUAUGAGAUUAAAAACUUUUACUAUAAAUAAAGGUCACGUGGUUUGUCAAUUUUUGAAAGUACGAAGCGUAUUUUAGUCACACAGGUAGAAAAUGAACUGCAUAUUCUUCACAUUUGUCACGAUUUUUUUUAAAGUACUUAACCAAAUUGUCAAAAAUUAACGUCAUACUUUUGACAUUUAUAGCACGUGUUCAAAAAUUAAUAUUUCUGUCAUUUUAAAACUUGUCAAGGACGAAGCGUACGUCUUCAAAAAUUUGAUUAUUUUAAAUGUUUAUUGCAUUUUAAAACUUUUGUCAAUUUUUUAAAAUCCGAAGAGUAGGUACUACAAAUUAUCAAAAAAUUAACUUCAUACUUUUGAGAUUUGUCAUACGUGUCCAAAAAUGGUUUUAUUUUAAAUCGUUUAAUAUUGCCAACAAAUAGACUUGUCAUUUCGCUUUCAUGGAUGUCUAGAUUAUAAAUUUUUGUCACGGUGACAAUUUCUUUUGGAAAAUUGUACAAAUUGUGGGUCACGUGUUUACAAAAACAUUGCCAGAACGUGGAAAAGGGUGUUGAUACGCGAAAAACGCCAUUCGGACAUGGCGCCGUAAUAAAAUUUCGUGCUUACUAUGCAGUUGUCAAAACAGUACCUGAAAUUAGAAUAGUUGUUUUAUUUUAGUCUAAUUAUAACACAAUGAUGUACAGCGUACACAAAAUGAGAUUUUUUUGUUAAUUUUAGCCCUCCCAGAUGUCGUUUUCCUGUUGACAUUUUUGCAUUUUUCUAAUUCAAAAAAAAAACAUAAUGAACAAAGUCAAAAAACACGUGUGCGUAAGUAUAAAAACGUAAAAAGGCCUUCACAAAUUAAAUAAAACGUUAAUACCUCUUUCAGAAAUUGGGAAGGUUUCAAGUAUUUUUAUGUGACCCGUUCGGUUGUUUGUGCGAGUUUGGUUCCGCACUACAAUAAAAGCACUCCAAAAAUCGGAUUAAAAAAAGUCAAAUUGCAUCAAAGUGACAACUGCUUGAUACUGUCGGUGACAAAAAAUAAUCGAUUUAAUUAAAGCCCAAGUGACAGUUGUGAUAAUCGAAAAUUAGUGCAGAGUUUGUGACAUAUUCGCGGCUUAAAUUAUUCAACUGCCAAAUAUAUUAACUAAAAAUAAAACUCAGAUCGGUACAAUUUUAAUUUUGUGCCUUUGCCAAACAGUAGUGACGUAAUCGGUUCAAGUUGGAAGAAAUAAAGUUGAUAUCCCUACAACUGCCCGGGAACUUCGGAUUUCGAUGGAUGUCGAAACACGAGACAUCUGCUUUGCUAACGAAACUAUCAAACCCGACUUAAGUUACGAACAUGACUUAGCCAUACAAGAAUUCUUAAGCACGCUUUGCGUAACCAUAUUAAACAAUAUUUUGUUACCGUUCGUGUAUUUUGUCUGCUACAACUUGAUUCUUAUCAUCAAUGACGAUGACUACGAGGCUUGUAAAAGGGAAGAAACGGAAAAAGAAUCACCUAUGCCUUUGCACAGAAAAUACAUAUCCAAAUCGUGUUCGCCCUUUUACUACACGCCAUCGAAAAAUGUAGAAGAAAUGAAUGAAGACGACUUACACCGAAUUGUCGAAAGCGAAAAUAACUGUACUUCGUCCCAAGAAGACCCCAAAAGUUACGAUGUAGGUGGCUACAUGCCUAUCUCAGAACGAGAUAUUUUAGGUGAUAAAUACGAAGUUUGUCGAAAAUUAGGAUACGGACAAUUUUCUACCGUUUGGCUUUGCCAAAAUAAAAUAACCACUGACUACGUCGCAAUUAAAGUGUCUAAGUCUCAGUCAAAACUAAGUGCGUUAGCCAAAGACGAAAUAAAAUUGUUAGAAAGUACGAAUUCAACAAAUCGUGAUCACUCCGGUUUUAGGAACAUAGUACAAAUGUUUGACUAUUUUUGUUGUCAAAGUAUUAAUGGCAAUCACACUGCCAUUGUUCUAGAAGUAAUGGGACCAUCAUUACUACAUUUAAUUAAGCAGAGCGAAUACAGGGGCAUACAAAUCCCCGGCGUCCGAAGAAUAAUAAAACAGGUUCUUCAAGGUCUAGAGUACCUUCACGACGAAUGCGGUAUUAUCCACACUGACUUGAAACCCGAGAACAUUCUAAUUAAGGCUAAGGAACCCUACAUUCGCCAGAUGGUUAACACCGCAAAAAAGUUCAAUGAACUAGGAAUCGCCCUCCCUAAAACUUACGUGACGUCAGAUCGUUGGAACAACUUGCAAAGUUACGGGAAAGACGACGACUCGUACGAGGAAGUCCAACUUUUCCGGACAAAGUCCUAUCCUGAGGAUCCCUUUCUGUCGGAACUCGUUAGUUUUCGGAAGAAACAUUCUGAGCCUAAGUUGAAGGGACCAAUGUGGAUCGAUGCCAAUAUUGAAGUUAAGAUCGGAGAUAUGGGGAACGCUACCUGGGUUAAUAACAAAUACAAUUCGACUAUUCAAACUCGGCAAUAUCGUGCGUUGGAGGUGAUCUUGGACGCUGGGUAUGAUUGCCCUGCUGAUAUCUGGUCGGUUGGGUGUUUAGCGUUUGAGUUGGCUACCGGCGAAUUCCUGUUUUACCCGAAAUUGUACGGCAAUUUCUCUCUGGACGUGGACCACAUUACUUUAAUAUGGGAAGUCCUAGGAGGGAUCCCCAAGUAUAUAACGAAGAGGGGGUCAAAAGCUGAUCUCUUUUUUUCUAACGGUAAAUUGAGACAUAUAGAAGAAAAGCAGCUUAGGAUUUGGAAGAUUGAAGAUGUUCUUGUUGAUAAAUACAAGUGGAAGCGUCUAGAUGCCAUACCAUUUGCUGGCUUUAUAGAAUAUUUAAUCGAACCUGACCCAAGUUUGAGAUAUACUGCUUCAGCGGCACUCAGCUCCGAAUGGAUUAAUGAAUAAAGAAUUAUUCCAAUCAUGUAUCUUUACUGUUAGAAGACUGAUCAUUUUCGUUCAAAUUGUGUUUCCAAUUUUGUUGUAAUCUGUGAUUUCUAAUAAAAAACAUAAAACCAC